AUGGCUGUCGAGAACACUCCAAUCUAUGUCUUCGUACCAGGUGCAUGGCACACCCCGGACACCUUCGAUGGCAUCCGUGCCCUCCUGAGCAAGCGGGGACAUGACUCUGAAGCUAUUGUGCUCCCCUCUGUUGGCGCAGCGGAGCCAACAAAAUCCGGCCUCCACGCUGAUAUCGCCCAUACCAACGGUGUCCUCCGGGCAUUGGCUGACCAAGGACGUCAGAUUAUCGUGGUGAUGCACUCAUAUGGUGGUAUGGUCGGUGCAGGCGCCGCCGAGGGCCUUGUAUAUGCGCAACGUUCCAAGGCUGGCCAGCUUGGAGGUGUGAUUAUGAUGGUGUGGCUGGCUGCUUUUGUGACGCCCAGGGGCAAGUCUGUUAUUGACAUGCUGGGAGGAAAUUGGCUCCCAUGGAUGCUUCUCAGUGACCCUGAUGAUGGCUACUGCCACUCCUCCCAGCAAGAAACUGUCUUCUACCAUGACAUGACCCCGGAGGCCCAACAAACUGCCAUCUCCAAGCUGAAGCCUCACGCUAAGCCCUCCUUCCUGGAGCCGGCUACUUUUGAGCCUUGGAACGAGGUGCCGUCUAUGUACCUCUACUGUGACAAGGAUGCUGCUCUGCCGCUGUUCGUCCAGGAGAGCUUUGCGCAGAUUUUGGGUAACCCGGUGACUUUCCACGUUGAUGCCUCACACUCGGGUUUCUUGAGUAAGCCCGAGGAGACGGCGGAUGGACUGGAGCUUGGGUUGAAGGCGGGCCUGGAGAAGAGUGGAAUUAAUUAG